CAGAUUAUCUCCAUCAUCCUGCUGCUAAGAUGUCAACUCCAGACGCUGCAGGUAAUGCAGGAGCUCCAGGGGCCACAGAGGGUGAGGGGGGCCCUCCGGCCCCGGCCCCAAACCUGACCAGUAACAGACGGCUGCAGCAGACGCAGGCGCAGGUGGACGAGGUGGUGGACAUCAUGCGUGUGAACGUGGACAAAGUCCUGGAGAGAGAUCAGAAGCUGUCAGAGCUGGACGACCGAGCUGACGCCCUGCAGGCUGGAGCCUCGCAGUUUGAGAGCAGCGCUGCCAAACUCAAGAACAAAUAUUGGUGGAAAAACUGCAAGAUGAUGAUCAUGAUGGCGGUUAUAGGUGUUAUAAUGGUUGGAGUCAUCUUCUUGUAUUUCUUCUACUGAGCUGCUCAUCAGGGACGGACACACGAGUCAGUGGACGAGUCUGCGCCAACAUCGCCAAGCCAAAUCCAGCCUUUCCCCCUCCUCUUCUCCUCAGAAAGCUCCCUGCAUGGUCUGUAACGUGCUCCAGCCAGUGCCUCCUCUUCUCCUCUAUGCUAAACUUUUGCUGAACAGCUGAAUGUCAAUAUAUCUAUUUUUAUGUGACCUCACUGGAAGCAGCAACUCUCUUUUUUUGUUUUGUACACUAAACUGCACUAACUAAACUAAGCUAACCUCUACUGCGUGGUUCUCGCUGCAUUGCAUGUGUUUAGAAUAGAGUAUUCUGAAGAUUACCUUUUAAAAAUGGCUUUCAAUGACAUGUUUAAGUGCAUGAUUAAAAUUUAACUAUUUUGCAUUUCAAAUCACAUUUUUAAAUCGACAUGGACAAUGUGAAACAGUUAUUUCCACUGUCUUGAUUUUGGAUACCAGAGAGAUUUUAUUUUAUGAAGAUGGCUUUUAGAUUGAUUAUUGAACUAAGUACUUCACCAGUGUGGUCUGAGGCCAUGGCUUAGAGCUAGGAGACAGCUUCAGACGUCUUAUUCUGUCAAAUACAUUCUUCAGCACAGUUAUUUAUUUAGAAAUAUGCAGGAGUGCAUGUACAAAAUGACUCGCUGAUGUCUGAUGAUCCCCCGUCAGUGUGACAGCAGGUUUUCUUAGUGUCAGUGUCCUAGGUAAGGUAAAUGAUAAGGUUUACAAAUUUUUCUUCGUUAUGCCAUUACCUUGUAUUUUUCUGUCUUAAACAAAAUUUACUUUAGCAGAGCUGAUGCCUGAGAUCUGCAGUUUAGAGCCACAAUGUCUUGGAAAUCUCAGCUUUACUUCUGCAGUGGCUGAUUAACCUUAUGAGUCAGCUGCUCCACAAAAAAAGAUGUUUCCUUACAGAAGUCAGUACUAAAAAAUGUUGAAUGAUAAUUUUGUGCAUUAAAAACAAUCUAGACUUUACUCCGUUAUUGCAGCAGUUAAAAGUGCAAGUUUGAGACCUUUCUAAAUAUAUUCUGUUAAUAACUGCAGGAUUUUUCUCAGACUAAAACAUGAACUUCACCGUAUUUUUGACUUAAAUUGCUCCCUGCUCUUUCCUCACCCUCCUCUUCUCCUGCUGCUGUACCUGUACAGUAUUCUUCAGGAACGCUGCCCCCUGGCUGUCAGUGUUGGUACUGCUAUGGAUGUAUUUGACCUCCUGGAGAAAUAGCCAAUAUUUACAGAUCAAUAAUUUUUCUGUGUCUGUGUCCGGCCUCAGUCUGAGUUAUAGUGAAGCAGCAUAUUUAUAUUUUCAGUGUCUCGUAAACCGACCUGUCUUUGUCUUGUAUUUGUAUGUUUUUUCUUUGUUCUGCUUGAAUGUGAAUCCUCUGUAUAAAGACAUCUGUGAGUGUGUGGUAUCUACCAUAAGACUGUAUAUAUUAUAGGUUUGAUUAUUAAAAGAUUAGAUUUAAAGAUCUGUAAGGGAGACGGUGAGUGUUUUGGUCCUGUUGGACUUUAAAGUUUGGAAAAGAGAAACUAAACAUUUAAUAAAAAAACAGAUGCUGUUAUUGAAGUGAUGUGUGGGAUUUCAAAUAAAUUUAUGUUUACAA